CCUCCCCUCGCAUAUGCACCCUGACUUACGACCAACACGCCCUACAACAACCCUCAAUUGCCGAACCAAAGGCAUCGCGCUGGUGCGUGAUUUUCGCCUUCCGGAAACCGCCUAGCGCCCGUAAUAGCAUCAUCACUUUCGGAGGGAAAACGUCCCACUUGCGCGGGGUGCCACUGACAUCGAACCAUCUAUAAAAUGUAGCAACCCCUUCAUAAUCAGGCUUUAACAGUCCUUCAUUCCUUCCCACACCGAAGAACUCGCAAUGGCACAGCAGAACAGAAUUGAGAAGGGCAUCGCGCCGAACAUCGACGUCAGGAACCUGAGCUAUGCGUUUCCAGACGGGAGCAGCGGGCUCAAAGAUGUUUUCCUCGAGUUGCCGCCUGGGAGCAGAACGCUGCUGAUCGGAGCCAACGGCGCCGGCAAAACCACGCUCCUGCGCCUCCUCUCGGGCAAGCGCAUGGCCCCCGCCGACACGGUCCACAUCGCGGGCGUCGACCCCUUCAAGCUUGGCCUCGAAGGUGUAACCUACCUCGGUCUCGAGUGGGUGCUGAACCCCAUUGUGCGCUCCGACAUUGACGUGCCCACGCUGCUCGCCUCCGUCGGCGGCAACGCCUACCCCGAGCGCCGCGACGAGCUCGUUCGCAUCCUCGACAUCGACCUCCGCUGGCGUCUGCACGCCGUCAGCGAUGGCGAGCGGCGCCGCGUGCAGCUCGCCAUGGGGCUCCUGCGCCCAUGGACGAUUCUUCUGCUCGAUGAGAUCACCGUGGAUUUGGAUCUCCUGUCCCGCAGCAACUUUCUCAGUUUCCUGAAGAAGGAGACGGACACGAGGCCGUGUACUAUCGUCUACGCGACGCAUAUCUUGGACAACCUCGCGACGUGGCCGACGCACCUCGUGCACAUGUCACUGGGCCGUGUCAAGAAGUGGGGCAGCAUGGCGGAGAUGCAUGUCCAGAGCGAGGAGGACAAGCGCGUCAUCAGCGGGAACAGCGCCCUGGGGGAGCUGGUGCUGGCGUGGCUGCAGGAGGAUUUGGAUGAGCGGGGCCCACGGAAUGCGAUGAGGACGGAGGGGAAGACGUAUGAGAGUCUGGAUGGGAAGGGGGGUUAUGGACUUGAGAAAAGGCCUGGGAAAUAGGCAGGAAGGUGUGUGUUUUUCUGGGCAGCGCCUGCAUUCAACAAUGUGGCGGCCUGGCGGCAUUUGAAUUCGGCGUUCUGUUUUGCGUCUACUCAACGAUGAUACCCCAUUUCGGUUUUCAACACGGACUUCAACAUGGGUAGCAUUUUCGGCAUUGUACUAUUUUUGGCUGGGUUCGUAGAUGCGUCACUACAUCAGUAUUCAACCCAAUCAUGGGCCUCUGCAAAAUCGCGUUCAUGAUUGCU